AAUUAUACAGUACCCUUUCCCCAAUAAACCCUAGCAAAAUCCCAGCCCCUCCCUCCCUCUGAAAUGGAGAGCCAAGAAGACCAAGCUCUGACAAACCCACCUGUCUGCGAGGAAUGUGAAGCAAGCCCGUCAAAGUACAAGUGUCCGGGUUGCUCCAUGCGUUCUUGUAGCCUUCCUUGCGUCAAAGCUCACAAGCAACGCACCGGAUGUACGGGCAAGAGGAGCCAGACCCAGUUCGUCCCACUCUCUCAAUUCGACGAUAAUCUGCUCCUUUCUGAUUACAAUUUACUUGAGGAAGUGAAGAGGGUCGCUGAAUCUGCUCAGAGGACAAGAACUAAAUUGUGCGGGUAUGCUCAUUCUAAGUUUCCAUUUCAUCUUAGAAGCCUCUGGAAUGCUGCAGCAAGGCGAAGGACAAAACUUCUAUUUCUCUCUAGUGGAAUGUCAAAAAGAGAGAAAAAUCGAACUCGAUAUGACCAAAGGAAAAAAUCCAUCUUUUGGACCAUUGAAUGGCGGUUUUUCUCAACAGACAUUGUUUUACAUGAUCAUGGAGUGAAUGAAAAUACGAACCUCUGCUCCAUCAUUGUGAAUCAUCUGAAAACUGGCCCAUGGAAUCAUCAACUAAGGCCAUUUUGCGAGGAACAGCUGGACUGUCUCAAGUUUUUCAUCCGUAAAUAUCCAAAGGGCUCCGUAUCACCUUUCCGGGAGUUAGAUGUGAGGGCCUCAAUAAAGCAACAAUUUUCCAGUUUAGUUAUAUUGGAGUAUCCUGUAAUAUAUGUCUCCCUCCCUUCACACAGCUCUGAUUUUGAGGUUGUUAAAGAUGCCAACCCUGUUACUGAAAAACCAGAGCCAAAAGAUUCUGAAAGCAAUCCAAGCCCAGUUGGUGCCCCUUUCAAGGAGGAGGAAAUAGAAGCCAACAAUAGCUCUUCAGAUCCUCGUGAUUUUGAACUCAUGAAACAUGUGAGUUCAAGUCCAAUGCCUCGAUCCCCCCAUUACAACGUGAGGACCGAGAAAGCGAUAGAUAACUCAUCAGAAUGCCCUUUGUUCUCAAGGGUGGCAACAAGCAACAGGUCAAAUUCCACCUCCAAUACCAAUGAAGCAGGAGUGUCUCAAAUGAUGGAGUUUGAUUUUGAUCAGGGCUUAAUAGAUUCGUACUCAGAGCUCAUUGCACAAAUUAACCCUGAUGACUUUCUGGAUUUGGAAUUUGAGUUUGCUGAAGAGCUAGAUGCAGAAGGAAGAAGAGAUCUCUCGGAUCUCCGUGCAUAUUUGUCAGCAGACGAGGAAUUAGAGGAAGGGGAGAUUCUUGAAUAAUUGAUAGUGAUGGUAUCCUAAGGAAGAACCAAAGAUGGGGGGAGUCUAACAAGACCAUCUGCCUGGAGUUGUGCAGAUUCUGGUCUGUUUGUUCUUUGGCAUUGUGCUCUGGUCACUACGAUGAUGAAAUGAAAGUUUCCAAACAUGUUUCCCAAAUAGGUGUUCAUUUGGAUCAAGUGUAAGGAGGGUUGUGAAUUGUCGAUGGCAUCUCUUGCACCCGUUGGUAUGAUAGUAAUACUUUGGUUGGUAUUGCAACCUCAAGUUUUUCAAUUUCCCAUUCUUUUUGUUGGUCUAAGCAGGCCUUUUCCUAGAAGCUACACAGGAAGGAGGCACUGGAGUGCUGCAACUCUCUUUGCAUUAUUAGUUAAGAGCUUUGUCAUGUUGAUACAUUGCCGGAAACUAAGCAAAUAAUGUAUCUAGUGAAACCUAUGCUAAACUGGUUCUACUAAUUGAUUAUUUUUACUGCUUUA